GGACAGCGAUCAAGAGGCGGACGAAAGAGGUUGUGCUCGUGCGUCAGCGGUGGAGCGCCUUUCCCGUGAGCCUUUGCGACUCGUCAGGUGGUCCACUGGGUUCUCGCUCCCUGUUCCGGGAGGGAGACCCAGAAGACUGGACCUUCCAGCCAUCGCAGGUCCCUUUUUUGAGAUGGAGGAGCCAUACGCCAAGAUCCUGGCGCUGGAGACAUUUCGUGUAGAGCAGGUUCCACCAACGGUCUAUUAUAUUCCAAACUUCAUCUCGGAGUCGGAGGAGACCUAUCUGCUGCAUCAAGUUUAUGCUGCCCCCAAACCCAAGUGGACCCAGCUGUCUGGAAGAAAGCUGCAGAACUGGGGAGGGCUGCCCCACCCCAAAGGGAUGGUACCGGAGAAGCUGCCCACCUGGCUGCAGAGCUAUGCCGAGAAGAUCUCCUCCCUUGGAGCGUUUGGAGGAAAAGUGGCGAACCAUGUACUGGUGAACGAGUACCUCCCUGGGCAGGGGAUCAUGCCUCAUGAAGAUGGACCUCUGUACUUCCCCACGGUCACCACCAUCAGCCUGGGAUCACACACGCUGCUGGACUUCUACCAUCCCGUCAGCAGGGGGCAGCACACGGACAGCGAGCAGGUCCCUGCGCCCCAGACAGAGGAGCAGCGCCACUUCCUGUCCCUGCUGCUGGAGCCACGCAGCCUCCUGGUCCUGCAGAAGGACAUGUACGUCCGUUACCUGCACGGGAUUCAACCCACCACCUCCGACACUGUCACGGAGAAAGUAGCCAACAUGGCGGCCUGCAGCACGGUGCUUGGGGAUGAGCUGCGCCGGGGAACCCGGGUGUCGCUCACUAUCCGCCACGUCCCCAAGGUGCUGAAAACGGCCAUUUUCCUGUGCAAGGGGAAGUGAAGGGAGGAGUUUGCUUCCCUCUCCCUUGCCCAGGCUCUUACCUGAGAAUGGUUCUGUGAAAUGCGCAAUUAAUGAGAGGGUCAGGAGGCCCGGACAUGGAAGGCUGCGGAGACCCCAUCCUGCGGCACGCUGGGAGAACGGGAAGAGCUGAGCCCGAGAGCGUCUCACCCGCACGGGAGGAGAAGAGCAGCCUCUGGGGUCAUCUGUGCGAAGGUGCAGAGACUUGGACAGGAUGCAGCAUGGUCUAGUGGUUAGAACGAGAGGCCAGGGUGUCAGGACUCCUGGGUUCUAUUCUUGGCACUGGGAGGCG